UUCCGGUCCGGCGCACGAGCGGGGCAUGUCCUAGAAAACAUUUCGCCUUUCCCUCGUUUAUUGUUAUUUAUUGUCAUUUUUGUUGUGAUUUAGUGCCUUUUAUUUUCCAGUUUUCCUCCCGUUCAUACGCUGUCAGUGCUGCCGUGAACCCGAAGAUGCCUCCUAAAACUAUGGAACCUCUGGCCAAGAGGCUGAUGAAGGGGGUGAUUGUCCUGGAGGUGUUGGGGGUGUUAGGAGCAUACGGUCUGUUCCACAUGAUGAACUCCAGCCGAGAUUUCAGGAACACCAUGAACAGACGCUUCCCAUCCGUCCUCGAAGUUUAUUACAAGUCCAACGAGUGGGCGGGGAUCUACGGCAUCCGAGAGGGAGACCACGAGGCCUGGUCCACCAAACAGGACUGAGGCUCGUUCCUCUUCUACUUCUUCCUCUUCUUGUUCCCGAACAUCCUGCUUCCCGUCACGGCUCGACCGAACGGCGUCCUCUUCCGGUUGAACGUGGCCUUCUUCCUGCGUAGCGUCUUGACGUCGCGGUCGUGGAUCCAGUCGUCGCGCUGAGAUUCCCACUUGAGCUGUUUCACACCUGGAAGAGUUCAGAGAGGACCCGGGUCAGGUUUAGUCAAACCGG